AUGGCUGCCAACUACAGUUCCUCUGUUUAUCAAACUUUUGAUUUGAUUCAUGACUUUGCCUGCUCUACAUGUAAAGAUGAUGGAUUAAAUAAUGAGGCACAGUUCUUCUGUGGUGAUUGCAAGAAAUAUUACUGCAAUAACUGUGUACAGCUACACAACAAACUGUUCAGGGCACAUUCAGUGCUUGGAAAACAAGAUGUGAGCAAGUGGGUGGGGUAUGCAGGACUGAGCCCCUUAGAGAUAUGUGACAAACAUAGUGACAAGAAGCUUGAACUGGUCUGUGAGGACCACGAUGAGCUUUGUUGUCCCAUUUGUUUCUCACUGACUCACAGAAUGUGUCAGGGUAUCAAGCGUAUUCCUGACCUUGUGGAUGGACUUAAGAAACAAACAGACUUCAUAAAAAUGCCAGCUGAUGUACAAAAGAUUAUCUACAUGCUUCAAGAAAUCACCCAGAAAAGAACCAACAACAAACAGUCCCUCAAAGGCUCUGGAAAGAAAUUGCUUGUGGAAAUUAAGUCACUGAGGCAACGAAUAAAUGCCAAGCUCGAUAUAUUGGAGGAAAAGACCAAUGCCAUCUUAAAAGUCCAGCUCAAUAAGGCAGAUGAUAUCCUUCAGGAUGACAUUGACAAAUGCACAGACCUCACUUACAAACUAAAAACUUACCUACAAACCAUCCAAUCCCAGCAAGAUGACAGCAAUUCUUACAUCGCGUACAAGAAAUGCACGGACAAGAUGAGAGAAGCAGAGAGCCUGCUCAAGCAACUGUCUGUCAAUCCUAACAAAUCACCAGCAUUUUGUGGUGACCCCAGGAUUGAAAAAUUUCUUUCUGGAUUAAACUCACUUGGGAAAAUCUUGUGUAUACAUGGUGUGUAUAAGGUGAAAAACAGAUCACAAUACACAGCUAAAAUCCAAAAUGAUAAAAUAGGUAGCGCAAUAACCGGUAUAUGUGAGCUGCCUGGAGGAGAGAUCCUCAUAACGGACUACAACAACCAGAAAGUAAAGCUGCUAGACUCCAAGUACAAUGUGAUAGCCACAUGUAACUUGCCUGAUGAACCAAUACAUAUGUGUCAUAUUGCUGGAAAUGAAGCUGCUGUAGCUCUAGGUGAAAAAGGUGUGCAUUUCAUCACAGUGGCAGGCAGUACACUGGGUGUAAGAAGGAAGUUAACAUUUUCACAUUAUUGUCUCGGUAUUUCCCACCGCAAUAGUACACUCUAUAUAGGAUCCAGCACAGCAAUUUACCAGUACACAAUGUCAGGCCAAUUAGUGAAAAAGAUAUACGAAGACAAAAGUGGUUUUGACACAGUGGGCAGAUUCACACUGAGCAUAAAUGGCUCCAACAUCUACAUACCUGCUCCAGAUCACAACAAACUGAUCACCAUUGACACAAGUGGGAACAUUCUGUCUACUCUUCAUGACCCGGACUUUAAGUCCCCUAUUGCAGUGUGUGUGAGUGACGGAGGACAUGUGUAUGUCUGCUCUUAUGCAUUCCACAAUGUAACACAGGUGGACAAAGAGGGUAAACGCAAAAUUUCCACUUUGAUCACAGGGGCAGAUGGACUAUGUUCUCCUCAAACAAUAUGGUUUUCAAGACAAUCAUGCAAACUGAUUGUAGGAGAACAACGAGAUGAAAUUGCUGUUUUUGAGUUGGAAUAA